UGAGGUGAAAAAUCCUGGGAAUUUUAGAUAGCGCCACCUCUUUGCCGAUCAUGUUCUCCCGUUCCUCCCGUUACUUCGCCAGUUUUCGAGAACUUUCGCGAUUUGAUGUUUGAAAUUCUCGGAAAUGGUGCUAAAAUUCUGGGAAUUUUAGAUAGGGCCGAGUCCCCGCGCUCUUUGCGACACGCGCGCGCUGCGAUCUGCGCGCGUGCGGAACUGCCAACUUUUCAGGACGAACGACCGACAGGGGUCCCAACGCAACGGUGGUAACAAAAUAGUACUAGCCCGACAACUUCACGUCGCACCACUCGCACGACUGUCAACGGAGGUUUCGAAAAUGCGCUGGGUGACGCGCGCCGAUUUCGCCGUCCUGUGCGUGUGACUCCGGGCCCGGCUGCGGAAGAGACGCGGAAUCAUGUGGCCGAUACGGCCGGAGAUGACUCGCGACGAGUGCAGGAAGUGCCUACGCUGCCUCGGUAAGGUUAUGUGGCUUAAAUUAAUAGCCUCGUUUAACGAGCGAGCGGGCGAGCUUCGUGCCUCGUCGAUGUGCUGCUCUCCGACUCCAGUACCGUCUGUGAAAAAAAAAAAAAAAUCAAGUGUCGGACGCGAGGCCGCACUCGUUCCCCGCGGCGCAGCGACGACGACGACGGCGACGACGCUGUUCCGAUCGCGUCUGUCGCGUCGAGCGCGUUUCUCGAGUCGAGAAAUCCCGGAGGUCCAAUAGCGCGUUCGCCAACAGCGGAUACGGAAGCUUGGCAUGGAAGCCCAGCUCCUGUCCCUCGCUUGUUAAACACAGCGGUUAACGUUGGACCUCGUGUCGGAUGGAUAUGUUUAAUGCUGGAAGCACCCAAGCCUGAAGUCCUCGUUCCUCCGGCAAUGCUUGAAGUCUAAGACGCUACGGCUAUUAUUUCAUGUUAAUACUAGGAAAUGACCUUUGUAUUGCGUAGAUAACGCGUGGAAUAGACAGCAUGUUUAACGGUAAAUUGUAGCCACAGUGCUUGGCCCUUGUUCCAAAUUUGCACGCCACGUGUGUAUAAGAAGAUAGUCGGGGUAUGAGUGAAGAAAAAUGUAUGCUUCUCUCAAUGGAAUAUCGAACACGAAUAAUUUAUACAAAUAUUUCGAAUAGGAAUCAAGAUAUUGAGACACAUUUAAUGAUGUAUGUGAUACUUUAAAGUGUAAAAAUUUAUACUUAUUAUGUAUAAUAUCUGUCUCCAAUAUAUGAAAAGCUGUACAUGUGGUUAUGUAAUACAGAAUUUGAUGCUUUCGAAUAUGUCGCAACGGAUAUAUCGUAUCCUUCAGAUGGGGACUCAAUUUUAGGCGUCCCGUGUCUAAAACAAUUAGACGCUUAUGGAAGUAUGGUCUCUGUCCUACGAGCUCAAGGCCCCUUCACCAACGAAAAGCAAAAGUUGUUGCAAGAACUUGCUAAAGUAUUACAUAUCUCCAAUGAAAGACAUCGCGCCGAAGUACGGAGAGCUGUGAACGAUGAGAAACUUUCCACAAUUGCAGAACAACUUAAUGGUCCAAAUACCGGUAUUGAUUGGACUCUCGAAGGUCGUCGUACUAUUCCUCUUUUGCCAAGAUUGAAGGCGCGAUCUGCAUUUACGACGUUAGCAAAUAGCCUGUCUAUUACAACUGCAAUUGCAAACGAGAAGAAACCUGGUAGUUCCAAUACUCUUAAACAAUCUGGAAACCCGACAGGUUUAUUAAAUGCUGCUGAAACAGAAUCUCAUCCUAACGUAAAGACGGAAGAAGACUUAUCUUUUGAUGUAAAAUUAAAUAGCUUUGAAAAUGAGCUCGAUAACAGCAAAGCCUUACAGGAAAAUUCGAAGUUGAUCGAAGAUGAGAGGACAGAUGAUAAAGAUGUGCUUAAUAAAAUUAGUGAAAAACCCAAGGAACUCUCUCGAAAGCGCAAAUCUCCUUCGCCUUUACCGUCGGCACCACCGAAUAAAGUUCUAGUAAUAUCCGAACCGCCAAACCAUACUUUGCGGACUUCUGAAAAUAAGCAAACACCACAAGUACUACAAGUAACCAAGCGUCAAAAUUUUGCAUUAAUUACGGUUACUGGUAACGAGAUCUCAGAUUCUAAAGAGAGCACAACAGUGUCAGGACAUCCGAGCGAGUGCACUGCUGUUACGUUAAACAAACAUGUAGUUGCUGCAACAACUUCCAUGUGCACGAGCAACGCCAGCAAUCCUAAGACGGUAGUAAGCACUGAGCAGAAUAAAAUUAGUACAAAAGUAGUGCCGGCAGUAUCGAGCUGUGUAUUGAGCAUAAACAAAGUGCAUUCGAGCAAAGACACACAAUCUCAAGAUAGCACAAACGGUGCACAGAAAAUCCAGAUGUCUGACAAUAUUGACUCAAAUCAACCAUCUGUAAAGAGCUCUAUGACGCCAGUUAUACAAAGCACUACAGUGUCAAGUUCUCGACUUACACAAUCGAUACCAGUUUAUCCUGGAACAACGGUAUCGAGCGGCCCUGGGCCGCCUCAAGUUAAACAGGUCCCCAUAGCAUUAAUGUGUAAAAAACUGCCAUCCGAACAAAUUGCAACCUUCGAUCAGUCCACUGCCAAAACGGGUAUUUUUCCCAAAAAAGUUGUAAAUAUGCCUCAUUAUACUAACACUAAAUUAAAUAAGACUAACGUGAUUGUCAUCCAGAAGGCAAAAGCCGUAACACUAUCACACGCAGGCAAGGAAGUGCUAGGUAAAGUAAUAAUGGGAGGAAAGAAUCUAUGUGUUGCGAGCCAACAUAAUGCAAACUCGAUCAAUGUUCAACCCCACCAUAUCUCUCUGAACAAUGGAGAUCAGACAAAGACUAUGCUGCCGACUGCAAACUCGCCACAAAAUGCAGAAUAUAUCAAAUCGAAUAUAAAGUCUGGAAAAACAGCGGUUGUGUCUGUGGUCACGCGUUUACGGCACGACGCUCCGGAGAAUAAAGUUCUCUCGCAGCUUUUUGAUUCGCGAGCCAUUCUUAACGUUGAGCCCAAGACUGUGAUACAGGAUGUAAAUGCGCGCUUGCAAAAGGAAGAAUGCAAUAGCGACAAAAAUACAACUGAUCAGGAGCCAUCUCUGAAAACAGAUUCCAUGGUUAUCUUAUCGGAAGAAAAACAACACAGAAAAAACAACGAUCUUAGCGCGAGCACAAAUUCUCAAGUCAUGAAUCUGCUGGAUCCCCCCUCAAAACCAUUAGGAAGCAAGGAAAUACUCGUCAGGCCGAAACAAGUGCACGAUGAUAUUGAAGACGAUAUUCGAAUAGAAAAAUCCAACGAGGACGUGGAUGCAUUUGACGAAACGCUAGAAUCGACAGAUAACAAUUUGCAGAGCUUCCAGUACCUAGUGGACAACGACGAGAAUCACGAUUUAGAAAAGUCGUCAAGGUCGAUGGUGACCGUAAAUCAGAUGGACGAGCAUGAUAAUUCGUAACAACUAAAGAUCUCGCGUUACGCGUAUUGUAAUUAUCAUUACACGAUGGUAAGGCUGAUAUUUCAUUUCGAAAGCGUACUGAUGUAUUUAUCAUCAUAUAUAAGUAUACAAGCAUAUGUUUCUAUUUAUAUAUGUACAUCUAUUUUAACGAGAUUCAUCUAUGUUCGCUCCUCGGAAGAUUUUGACGAUCUCGAAAGGAUUGAAAAUGAUCGAUGCCAAUCUUUUUCAUUAUCACGUAUAUGCAGAAUGAAUGAAAAUAAGUUGAUUAUUUGAUCAUUUGAUCAUUUGUAUAAAAACAUGAUUCAAACAUAUUAAUUGAUAUUAGUAUUGUAUAUAAGUGCCAAAAAUUAAAUAAUCUGCCAUUAAUUUAUACUUUUGUAAAGAAACAAUCUAUGCGCGUUUGUCAGUUUAUUUAAGGAGGGUGGUUGCUCAAAUAAAAAUGAUAAAAAUGAAUUCAAAUUUAUAGAACAAAUAUAUAUAUUAAAAUGAUAAUCUAUAUAAUAAAUAAGUGCAAAUAAUUCUAUACAUAUUUACGAAGAAUUUUGACGAAUACUGAAAUGACUUAUCUACGUAGUUAUCAAGAACAUAUAUAUAUAUAUAUAUAUAUAUAUAUAUAUAUUUUAUAUCUAUAUAUAUGUUCUUUCGAGAAUUAAAUUACAGAUAUCGUAAUACUUUUGCUGUUAGCCAUGUGCAAUAGUAUAACUUUAAUAAUUAAUUAUUCGACAACCACCAUGCAAACAAUCGUUUUGAACUUUCGCAUGGAGGACAGAUUCCCAUAGACGAAUAUUUUCUAUAAAUUUGAAUUCAUUUUUAUUUCAACAACCACCCUCCUUAACUUUUCGUAAGCCCAGAUUGCAAUAUAAUUAUCCUCCUUCAUGGUUCCAGCUCAACUGCUAUUUCCUGGCAGAGGAGCAAGCUAAAACUCUCUAUUUGCAUUUAGUGCUAAAUGUACUAAUUGUAUCCUAAUUGUAAUUACCUAUUAUUAUUAAUAGUAAAUCCAGUGGAUUUAUGAUUAAAUCUAGUAUAGUUAUAUUUAGUGCUAAAUGCAGCUUUUUAAUUCGAAGACUCGUAUUCCCAUCGCGUAUUUAGCAAAUACGGCUAUUUAAAAAAUAUAAAUUUUACACUUUGCAUGGCAAAACGAGAAGUAAUUGGAUGUGUCAAAUGGCAUACGCAUUAAAAAAUCAUUUUGUACUUCUGUUUGUAAAUAUGUAAGACUAAACAUUUUUGUAAAUGUGAUAUUAUGAUGUUAAGUAUUAGAAGUUUGAUUUUUGUGAAUCUGUCACUUGCUCAUACUACUGUUGCAGCGUUGUAAAUAUUUUGUAAAUGUAAAAUAUCGACGUACUCAGGCUACUCUGAGAAAAGACGUUGGGUGGACAUGUACUUUCUUCCGCCCUAUCGCCAUUGAUAAAGUGCGAAUGUUAAUAGAAGUUUAACGAUAGCAUUAGUUAUCAAUAGCGAAAAAGAAGUGUUGUUUUUUGCUAUUUUUUAAUAAAACUUGCUCAUGUAGGGCAACAAUCUGUUCUCAACUGAGAGUGUAACAGGAAAAGGCUAUAUUUUUUGUAACCGAAAUGACACUGCCCUUCAAAUUGCAAUAUUGUGGUAUUCUAUUACUCAGACUUUAGUGUAUUUUAAGCAGCAUUUUUGCCAGAUCGCAGGAUGCUUCCGCCUAAAUUCUUAUUGUACGAAUUUAUAAGCAGCUGAUCUUGCACGAUUGCAAUCUUCAUAAAUACGUAAAUUGAGAUAAUUGCGUAUUCUCAAUUCAGUAUAUAUUCGGUAUGUACUGAGUGUCUCAGAUUUCUCGUAUCAAGAAACCUGAUAGAGUUUUACGUUAAAUAUAAAAAUAUCGUAAAAGACGCUACAACAUAUUCUUUACUGGAGCGACGGAACUUUUUCAAACAAUAAUUUAACAAGACAUCCUACUAUUGCAUAAGCGAUUUUGAAGAUAUGUUAAAGCGAACAAUUUAAUUAGUUACUCCAUCUCUCAAAAUUAAUUUUUGUUUAACUCGAAAUAGGCCUUAUUUUAACAAUUUUAAUGUAAGGCUUUGUUUUCCAAGAUAAUGUAUAUUAAAAAAUUACGAAAAAAAGCCGCACAUGCAGAGUAUUCAUUGGCAAUACUCGAAUUUAGAAAUAAAAUUUGUAGAUGAAAAUUGAUGCAAUAAAUCAGAGAUACUCUGUUCUGUAUAUAUAAUAUUAAUGUGCAAACUAUGUACAGAUACGAAUAAUGAUAUUUAUAGCUAAUUGCAAAGAAAUAAAGAUAUUUAAACGUGA